AUGGACUUUGAAAACUCUGCACCUAACCAACCGACCAUGGCCGAACAAGCAAAACUUAAUGGAUCUGCUUCUGUCGCCAACACUCAAUCAGUGACCAAGAGACUGCAAUCAGAACUCAUGGCUCUCAUGAUGUCUCCUACGCCUGGCAUCUCUGCCUUUCCAGACGCUGACGGCAACAUGCUGCACUGGAUCGCCACCAUAGUUGGCCCUAACGACACCCCAUACGCCGACCUCAACCUGAAACUCGACUUUCAGUUUCCUGCCGACUAUCCCUACUCACCUCCUACCGUGUUGUUCAAGACACCGAUCUACCACCCAAAUAUUGACUUCAGUGGUCGGAUCUGUCUCGACAUACUCAAAGAUAAAUGGGUCGCCAGCUACUCGGUUCAGACUGUCCUAUUGAGUUUACAGAGUCUGCUCGGCGAACCCAACAAUGCCAGUCCGCUGAACAACGAGGCUGCUAUCUUGCAUGAGAAGGACUUUGAGGAGUACAAGAGGAAGGUAUUGGCUAGACACGUCGACCUGGAUGAAUGA